AUGAUUCACAUCUCGAAAGUUCUCAGAUCGCUGCUUGCGCUAGUUAUUUCCUUUCGCGAAGGGAAGAUUAGGCUGAAGGGGGGGCAGAAUCGAGCGUCAGAGCUUGGGGAUCUCAAUAUUUGGGAUCUAAAGAAGUGCAAUUUGGCGUUCCUUGCAAAACUGGGAUGGUCUAUUGUCUUUAACAAGGACGCUUUGUGGGUUGAUCUUUUGAAUAAAAAAUACUUAAGGAAGACCGACUUCUUAUCCGCUGUUGCUCGCCCUUCGGAUUCCUAUACUUGGCGUAGUAUAAAAAAAGGUAGAGGGGUCCUUGAAGGCGGUCUUGCUGUCAACAUCGGAAAUGGUCUCUCUACUAAAUUUUGGCUUGAUAGCUGGUGUAUCUUCAGUCCUCUUAUCCAGCACGCUAAUGUCUCUAUUACUGAAAAUGAGGCUGAUGCAUCAGUAUCGGAAUUCUGCGAUGCUACAGUGUCAUCGGCAUACAGGAAUCAGUUUGCUGAUGGUCCCUCUUCUCCAAAUCCUUGGGGUCAAGUUUGGGAUAUACAAUGCACAUCUAAGCAGCAUAUCUUUCUCUGGAGACUUGCCCACAAUUCACUUCCUACUUCUCUUCUUCUACACAAUAGAAGAUUGCUUCUUGUACCUACUUGCUUCAGGUGCUCGUCUCAGGUUGAAACUGCUUUACAUGCUCUUCGCCUAUCGGCUCAGCUGACCUUUCCAGUUCGCUGGGCAGCUUUCCUGGUCUUUCUUCCUGCUUGGGUUAGCAUCGUCCAGGGCAAAAAGAAAGGCUCAGAGCUUUUAGGCGCUGAUAAUCUAGGCGAAGUAGGAGCCGGGCGUUUGCUAUUGCUUGCUAUACGAGCUGCUUGCCUGCCCUUCCUGACGAACUGUAAGGUAGUGAGCCAUGCUCUUCCUUCCAAGGUCCCCCACGCCGCCCGCAUGAAGGCCUCACUAAGAGAGCAACAGAUUGUCGGCACAAUAAAUGAGAGGCAACUGAGUGAAUUGUGCUCGCUUGUGCUCUCUGCCCAGCGAACAGUCAAGGCAAACCACCAAACAGCAUCGAGACAAAAACGAACAGAAGACAAUCCAUAA